AUGAAAACGACUGGAAUGAUCAUCGAUAGAAAAUUAGAAACCAGGAAAAAUGUCAAACAAACUAGAAAUACGUCUAGACUAAAUUCUCAACACCCGCAAAAAUUCGUCCCUGGUUCGACUUGUUUCUUUACCAUGGGAAAACAGAAAACAAAAUCGAGCUAUGCACAACUUAAAGUUACAGUUGCGGAUAAUUAG